AUGGUAUUUGGAAAAGUGGCAGCGAUGAUAUAUGUUGUAGAAUUUCAGAAAAGAGGAUUGCCGCAUGUUCAUUUCUUGUUGAUUCUAGAACAGCAGCAUAAGAUGAAAUCUCCUGCUGAUUAUGAUAGGUAUGUUUGUGCAGAGAUACCUCCUGUUACUCAGCCUGAACUGCGUAAGAUUGUAUUAAGGCAUAUGAUGCAUGGACCAUGUGGCCAAUUAAAUCCAGAGUGCCCUUGUAUGAGAAAGAAGGAUAAUGUCUUUUCUUGUAAAAAUGGAUAUCCAAAACAAUUCACCGCACAAACAACGACAAAUAAAGAUGGUUAUCCUUGUUAUAAGAGAAGUGAUACUGGAGAACAAGUGAAGGUCAGAAAUGCCGAGUUAGAUAAUCGAUGGGUUGUACCUUAUAACCCUUAUCUCGCAGCACUCUUUGAUUGUCAUUUAAAUGUAGAGGUUUGUUCGACUAUAAAAGCAGUGAAAUAUUUAUAUAAAUAUGUUUACAAAGGACAUGAUCGAGUGGCCUUCAAUAUUUCGGCAGAAGAUAGAAAUUCUGGAGAUGAAAUUGCUCAGUUUCAGUCAGGAAGGUGGGUGUCACCGUGUGAAGCGGCUUGGAGAAUUUUCGGGUUUGAUUUAUUUGAGAUGCAUCCACCAGUCUUACCUCUGUCUGUUCAUAUUCCAGACAUGAAUAUUGUCUGUGUACGCCCGUAUGAACGUCUUGAUAUAGGUAUUGCAAGUGGUGUUUAUGCAAAGACUCAAUUAACAGAGUUCUUUCGUAUGAAUGCAGCUAAUGAUAAUGGUCUUGGUUACUUAUAUGGAGAAUUUCCAGAACACUAUAAGUGGGAUGCUUCAGCAAAAAAUGACUUACGCACAGUUCAAGGUUAUGUAUGUGCAACUUUCAAGGAAGCAUGUCUUAAAGCUGGCAUUUUGGAAGAAGAUGAUGCUGCAAGCAUUUGUUUGGCUGAAGCAACUGAAAUUCAGCUCCCCGGGGCUCUGCGCCGAUUGUUUGCAACUGUUCUUAUAUUUUGCCAGCCGAGUGAUCCGGCAGAACUAUGGCGCAAAUAUUAUCCUGCAUUGUCAGAAGAUUUUGCACAAAAGUACUCUGGUGCAGAAAGCAAAAUUAAGAAACUAACUGUAAGAUCAGUGGAACAACAUUUAGAGGCUAUGGGGAAGUCAUUAUGUGGCUGUGGUCUAGCUGUUUUAAUGGAUAACAAUGAUACUGAAAUUGAUAGAACAAAAGGCAUUCAAGAUGCACUAGAUGCUCCGAUUCCUCAGGCUUGUAUAGACAGCCGAAGCUUGCUAAAUCCAGCACAAAAGGAAAUAUUUACAUGUAUCAUGCAGCAUAUAGUGGAAGGAAAACCAGGGGCAUUUUUUGUAGAUGGUCCUGGUGGGACUGGCAAAACAUUCUUAUACAAUGCACUUUAUGCUGAGAUCCGCCUUAUGAAUAAGAUUGUUUUGCUAACAGCUACAUCAGGAAUAGCCGCAGCAAAUAUCCCGUCUGGUAGAACGGCACACUCAAGAUUCAAGAUUCCAAUGGAUAGUGAUGCUUCAUUAGCCUGCAGCGUUUCUAAGCAAAGUAGUUUAGCAGCAUUAAUAAAAGAAACGGCUCUUAUAAUAUGGGAUGAAGCAUCAAUGGAAAACAAACAAAAUCUAGAGACUCUAGACCUUCUGUUACAAGACAUAUGCAAUAAUGAUGUAAUAUUUGGUGGAAAUGUCAUUGUCUUCGGUGGAGAUUUCCGACAAGUGUUGCCUGUUGUCCCUAAUAAGACUCAGAGAGAAGCUGUUGAAGCAAGUGUAGUGAGUUCUUAUAUAUGGCAGCAUUUAAGAAGAUUCAGGUUAACUGAGAACCUAAGAGCCAAGGAAGAUCCUUCAUUUUGUCAAUUUUUGCUUGCACUAGGAAACGGUGAAUUGCAAACUUUGGAAAGUGAUUUUGUUGAGUUGCCUUCGCAAAUAGUGCAGACUUUCCAGCUGAUGAUGAUCUAA